UUUAAAUAAAAUGUUUAAUAAAACAUUUCCUAAAAGUCCUAGCGAGGCGCGCGUAGAUCCGCGCAUGCGCAGAACAUUGCUGGUUUAAUGAAAUCUGCCAAGAGUGCGGAGCACAGUUUAUUCAGCUGGAUUCGCUUUGGAUCACCAUCGUUUCCAUCUUUAUCUAACAUAGACCGGAUUGUAUAAUGAGCAAAUCUAGUUUUGAGUCAGGGGGUGUUGCGAGUGCAGAGGCAGUGGAUAAAGUGGACAUGUCUUUAGAUGAUAUUAUCAUGCUCAAUAAGAAGCAGAAACAAAUGCAGACCCAGAAGACAAAGCUCAGGCCCCCUUUGAAAGUCGGCCUUACCCAGGGGAAGACAAAUGGGGCAAGAGCUGGUUUUCCGUUGAAAAGAGUUGGAGGUGUUGUGAAUAAACGCUUCGCUCAAAACCGUAAACUUCUGCCCACUGUGGCCAAACGUCGUGGCCAAGGGGUCAUCACUGGCUUGGCAGCGAGGAAGAAUGCUGCUCUGCUUAAAGGUAUCAGUCCACUCAAUCGACCUGCUCCUAACCGGACAAUGCUGAACCGGCUGGGUGCCAACAGAUCAGCUUUGAACAAGAGAUCUCAGCCAUUUGUCCAACGGCGUGACAUGCAGCAGCGACAGAUGCAGCUCCAAAGGAGAUCGAAUAGGCAGAUGGAUUCCCAGAAACUCCAGGGCUUCGUUUCCCACAGACCCUUUCGGCUUCAGAGAAAAUGGAAUGCUCCCUCUGCUCCGCAAACUCGGAGAGAUGCCCGCCAGGCCACCUUUCUUUUCAGAAGAGGACUUAAGGUUCAUGCACAGGUUCAAAAGACAAAGUCAGGCCCACCCACACAUAUAACUCAGUCGUGGCGCACUCCUACAAACAACUCUGGCAUCCUCACUGUGUCGAUAGACAACCCCUCAGCUCAAACAGAACCUGAGCAUGCUCAGUCUUGGUCUCUGCGCCCCUUAACAUCAACACGCUUGUCACCUCAAUCUAAAGAAGAGUCAGAGAGGAAACUGCCUAAAGGUGUCGCCCUGCAGUUUGACAUCAACAGUGUUGGAAAACAGACCGGAAUGACCCUCAACGAGCGGUUCCGCAUUCUGAAGGACCAGCGCGUGACAGCAGCACAUCAUAGCAGCAAAGGAGGUCGAUUCGUCACUGUGGCCUAGAUCUGAACUCUGAGACGUUGGUCACAUGUCCUUCUAUUUCUGUUCUCGCACCAAUGCUACAGAAUGAAGCAGACAAACAAGGACCAGAGCUGAACUUGCACUGUUCAUGACUCAUUUAAAUGUAUUAAAGAGACUUUAUCAGAAAUCGGAUGUGCUGGUUUUCUGGAAGAGUUGGGGAAGUGGUUCCCUUUUUUUAAAUGCCUGCUGUUCGUUCUUCACAAAGCAAGUUAAACUGUUGUAUGUAAAUUUGUUAAUAUUGUGCCUUCAUCUAAAUGGCCCUUUAUUUGACAGUCUUGUUUUAUAUGCAUUGUAUUAUUGCAGCUUACAAUGACCUUCAAAGUUUUUGUAAAGUCUUUUUUUUCCCUAACACCCUUGUAUAAGCAGAUUGCAUUUUUGUAGAGCGAAAAGACCGUUUUAAAUAUGUUUUAUAAUGUUUCAAUUAAAUACAAUGUUAUGCACCAAAUGGGGUUUUUG